AUGUUUUCUUCUAAUCAAUCAAAUCGAUCUCAUUCAUUCGAUACUAAUGAAGAAGAUCCAAUCUAUGAAGCAACUGUUCAUUCGAUUAAAACUUUGACUCCAUCGAUUAAACAAUUUUAUCUAUCGAUUAAUGAUCCAUUGCAAAGAUUUCAUUUCGUACCGGGCAUGUUUCUUGAUUUUCAUCUUUCACCAACAAUAACAUCGGUAAUAACUGGAUUUUCAAUCUGUAAUUCACCGGCCAAUUAUUCUAAUACAAAUCUAAUUGAAUUAGCAAUUAGAGAAACUGACUAUCCACCAACAGAAUAUAUGUUUAAUAAUUGCCAAUUAAAUGAAAAAAUAAAUGUUAAAUGUGGUGGAGAUUUUUUUUAUCAAUCUUCGACAACUAAUAAUGAUUCUAUUCUUUUGAUUUGCGCUGGUAUCGGAGCGAAUCCAAUCGUAUCUAUUCUUCGGCAUAUUGCCGAUUUAUAUGCUUCUAAUAACAAACAAAUAAUUCCACAUCGUAUUGUAUUCUUUUACACUGCAGCAACAAAAAGAGAUCUUGUAUUUCGUGAUAGUAUCGAUUCAUCAUGUGAACCAAUGAUAAAAGAUAAUAUGCUUCGAAGCAAUUAUUUUGUUACCAGAGAAAUUAAUGAUGAUAUUAAGAUAAAUAAUCGACACAUUAACACGACAGAUUUGCAAGACGCUAUUCAAUGGCUCGAAAAACCUGUCACCGCCUAUGUAUGUGGGCCAUCGUCUUUUAUUGAUUGGACAGAAAAUAGUUUAAAAGAAUUGAAUGUAAAAGAAAUUUUAUGCGAAAAAUGGUGGUAG